GUAGUCCUUGUCUUCAGAGGUAGCAGCAUCUUCCACACAGCGUUAACCUGUGAGCCUGUCCUCCACAGCAAUUACACUGAUUUUAGUUUUUUACAUCUCAGGUUUUCUGCCUGAAAGAUACCGUGAAGCAGAGCUUUGCCUUUCAGGGAGAAAUCAGUUUGGCUUUUGUUACUGUGCCUCCUUUAUGUCUCCCUGCACUUAUGCUUUGGAGUAUCUCACUGGAUUCUUCAAACCUUUUCCUGACACCCACGGCCUUGUGUUACCUGCAUUCUCCUCUGCUUUCUUGAUGCUCUUUGGAGCAAAAAGUCCUGCAGGACCUUAGUGAAGAAACAGAGCAGGUUGUGGAAAGCUGCUCCCUCCCACUCUCUCACCUCACUCCAAGAUCUUAUUUAUUUUUACUCAAAGGAGAUUUUUCAUGAUCCAACAAGCAACAGAAAGUACAGAAAUGCUAAGAGCUGCUACUUUGGCAACCUUUCCCUUGCCCCUGAAUGAAAGAAAGGGCGCCCUUCGGCCCUGGCAUCCCUCAUGAGGCCAUGCAUGGUAGGAGGCUGAGGGUGUCAGAGAAAGAGGGGAGGAGCUGCUCCCAUCACCCUGUCCCCAGCUGCAGGAUGCCUGGUUUGGUACUUGAGGAGGUACUUAAGAGCACUGGAGCUCAGGGAAGUAUCAGAGACAUCACAUCAGCUCCCACCACGUGGCCCCCUCUGCCCAUCGCUUCUCAAGGCUUCUCACCCUCCCUUCACAGCAGUGUGCAAUUCUAAUUAAAGAGGAAAAAAAAGUCAGUAUCAUCCCAGCACACAGCCCUGAUUACCGCAUGGGCAUGCAAGGAUGUGACCCAAAGAUUACAUAAUUAGAAGGCAUUUGUUAUGCUUGCGUUUCAAAUCAGUGAUUAGCAUGUGACAGUCCCAUCCCGGGAAACGUCAAACCACCAUUGCUGUUCUCUCUCCUUUCCUGCACAGUGCUAAUUCCCAACUCUGGCAACCGCCAGUGCUGAAGGAUCUUCAGACAGCCUGAGGGUUCAGACCAGCUGACCCAUCGCAGGGCUCACAUGUGGGCAGCUCUAAGCCAUGGGAUGUUCCCAGUGACCAACCAGAACCCUCCAGAGUAAGGACAGGAGUCCCUCCGAGGACGCACACCCUAUAGCAGCCAUGGACUCAAACAAACAAGAAGGAGAGACUGAAAGUGUGCCUGUGAGUACCCCUGCAACACAGAUUUCCCAGGACUCAAGCGCCUGAGUUCCCCGGGGUGGCUGUCCUCUUACCAUCAGUGCUCCAGUUUUGGACUCAGUUUAUAACCAGAUGUUAGGCCGAAUUUCUGUUGUAAAGUUGCAGGCAUUAGCCUCUGAGUUGAAAGCGGGUUUCACAGAAGCGAUGCAGGAGCUGUCACGGAUCCAGCAUGGCGAGUAUGCCCUGGAGGAGAAGGUCAAGAGCUGCCGCUGUGCCAUGGAAGAGAAAGUGGCUGAGAUGAAGAAUUCCCUCAACACAUUCAAGGAGGAGCUCAGCGAUGCAAAAUCAAUGAUUGAAGAAAUCAGUGCCAAGCAGGAGGAAAUGCAACAGAAAAUUGAGCAGCUGCAGCAAGAGAAGCGGAGGGAAUCACGGAAAAUGAAAGCUAAAAGAGCACAGAAGGAUGAUCAUGGGUCACAGACGGUACCUACACCCCUCCAGGGCAGCCCAUUUCGAUCCAUUAACCUCCCAGAACCUGUGCUGAUCAAUGAAGAUUUUACAAGUCUUCUACACAACGUGACUUAUGAAAAAGUGUCUGACACCAGGAUCAUGCCAAUGGGAGAAGGAAGCGUGAAAGUUGUAGGAGGUCCAGGAGCACCCAUAGAGACAGAUGACAGCCUGAAGCCACCUUUGACAACAGAGGGGCAGCCAAAAGUGCAUCUGCCAUCAACAGUGUGGAAGCAGCCCAAGGACACCAAGGACUGGGGAGAUGAAUACAUUUCAAAAGAGCAACCAGAGAGAGGGAAAGACAUGGGCCAAAGCAGAUACAGCUCAGCUGACAACAUUAUAUGUGAACCCUCUUUGGCUGCCAAAAGGCAGAACAUCGCUUUGGAGCUGCUGGAGUCAGAAAGGAAAUAUGUCAUCAACCUUUCCCUAAUCCUGAAGAUCAAGGCCACGUUGCAAGGACCAGAUGUGAAAAGGAGCACUAAAGAGAGAAGCUUCUUCCCCAACUCUUUGCGGUACCUGGUCCAGCAGCAUGUCGACUUACUUCACGCUCUGCAGGAGCGAGUCCUGAGCUGGCCACGACAAGGAAUUCUAGGAGACAUCUUCCUGAAAUUAACAAAUGAUGAGAAUAAUUUUCUGGACUACUACGUUGCUUACCUGAGGGACCUGCCAGAAUGCAUCUCUCUGAUCCAUGUGGUGAUCCUAAAGGAGGUAGAAGAAGAAAUCAAGUCUGAUCUCUACAUUCUGUUCUUCCAUAUAGUCCAGCGAAUCCCUGAAUACCUUAUUCAUCUACAGAAUGUCCUGAAAUUCACGGACCAAGAGCAUCCUGACUAUUACCUGCUGCUGGUGUGUGUGCAGCGCCUCCGGGUUUUCAUCUCACACUAUAGUCUCCUCUUCCAAUGCAAUGAAGACCUCCUUAUACAGAAGAGGAAAAAGCUGAAGAACACGACGAUGGAUUUCUCCUCCCUCAGGUCAUCCCUGGUGAAGCUGUACAAAGGUCUUACCUCCCAGUGUACGAGCCAAGAGGUUUCUCCAACACCCAGUGCGGCAUCUAUCCGGGACAGUGGGAUCCAUUCGGAAGAGACAAUACAGUCAUUCCCACCAGCACCUUCCUCUGGCACCACAACCCCGCAUUUGAUGCCGCAGAUGAAGAAACCCCAGCCAACCGUGAUGGAGAACAUCCAGGCUGUAAAGUCCCCUGACUGGGAAAUGGAAAGCAGAAAACAUGAGAGGCCGGAGAACAUCCUUGCAUCCUCCCAGCUCACAGAGCAGGAACUCAAGGCUUUGACAGCCCCUUUACAAUCUAUCCCUGAAAUGGAGUAUGAAGCACCACCAGCUGAUGCAGUGGGGAACACUGACAGAGCCAUCAGGACCUCUGUGGAGCUGCUGCAGGACGCGAGAAACUUUGCACCAAGCUAUGAAGAGUUUGACUACCCUGGGGAGGUUUUCACCCUGCCAGGACCCUAUGAAGAUGAUGCCUUCCAAAACAUUGCUCUCUUUGAGAAUUGCUCCCCAGCCUCUUCCGAGUCCAGCUUAGACAUUUGCUUCCUUAGGCCCGUUAACUUCACAUCAGAACCAGAGAGGACAGAUCAUGCCUUACAGCCAUUGCCUAAGAGCUGCACUCCUGUAAGCAGCAGUACUUACAAGCGUGAGAUGUUCCACAGCAAAGGCAAGCAGCUGAGCAGGUCUCUGAAGGAGCUGCCAAGGAGCGCUGAGGGUGUGAGCACCAGGCUCUACAGCACACGGAGCAGCAGCGGGAGCCGCCUGCAGCAGAAGCAGGAGAGGAAUGUCCAGCCUCACAUGAUCUCAGCCUCAUCUCGAAGCUCCCAAAGGAGCUACUUCCCCCCACAGAGAGGAGCGGGUGAAAAACAGAGCUUUUUGGAAGAGCUCCAUGCAGAAGACAACACCAGGUUCUGCCAGAAGGAUGACAAUGAGCAAACAUCCUUCAGCGACCACAACCCACGGCACGAGCCCAAGGGGGGUUUCCGGAGCUCCUUCCGCAAGCUCUUCAAAAAGAAAUAAGCAGCCCCAGGAAAGGCAGGCCACAGCCUAAGUGCAACAGUGCUUCCCCAGGUCCCCGAGGGUGGAGGCAGACAGCAAGGCCCCAAGUACCCCUUUACUAACACAGUAGGUGGAGGGGUGAGGGAGAGGAGACUGUCACAAUUGCCUUACAAACGCAUCCCUGCUCUUAGCACAGGGCAGGGCCAGGCUAUGGGUUGAAGUGUAGCUCAGCCAGCAGGUCCAGUAAGUACAGGAACUUGCUAGCCUUCACCCCUGCCUGACUGAACUUUCCUCAGAAAGUUUUGGAAAGCUUUGGCCAAAUCCCUGUAUCUUCUCCUCCCCCUCAUCCCCCAGUGCUGCUUGAUUUGCCAUACAUCUUCGCUCUUCCAAAUUCAAGCCAGGUCUAAUUUGGGCUCACCCCACAAUAGCGGGGUUACCUCUGCAGCCUUGGCAUCCUGGCCUGAAGCCUGAAAUCCCUUCUAUUCUCCACUUUCAUCCGCCGCCCAA